AUGAAAAAAUGCAAUGGUAUACGAAAAUAGAAAAAUCAAAUAAGAGAUGAAAAUCUGGUAGAAUAAACAUCAUUAUUCAAUCUGCUCCAGAAGCUGAAGCUAAGAUAAAGGUAAAUAAAAAUUUAGCUAAUGAAAGUGAUGAAAUAUUAAAUGGAUUUAAGAUUGAUUAAAAAAAACAAGAAGAAUAACAUUUAAAAACUAAAGAAAGAUGCAUGAUCUUAGUUAAUGAAAUCAAUUAAUAAAAAAAGUAUGUGAUAAUUUUAGAAAUAAUAAAGUAGGAGAACUAUAUGAAGUUUAAUAAAUUAUUCAAAGAGAUGCUAUAUUUUAUUAUAAAGAUAAAAGGUUAAUUAAAUCAAUUUUAUAGUGAUUUAUAUGAAUAAGUUCUUUUUAUUAAAGAGAAUUGAAUGAAUAAAAAUUCGGAUAAUCAGAAUUUAAGAGAUUAUUAUAUUAUUAAAGGGACUAUUGAAUUAACGAUUUAGAAUUUGAUAGAGAAAGAUUCUUAGUAAGUCCAAGAUUUUGAUAGAUUCGAAAAUAAAUUCGGUAGACAAAUAAUUGAAUUAGAUAGAGUUAAAAAUGAAAGGAAUACAUAUUUUUGAAACAUAGCACAUCCGAUUGGAUAUGAAAUUUCAAGAGAAGUGCCUUUAUGUCCUCCUUGUUAAGAUAAAGAUGUUAUAAAAUUAAGGAAGGGUCUUUUAUUUUUGAAAGAAGAAAAAGUGAGAGCACCAGAUGAAGCUGAAUAUUUGGAGUAUUGAUAUCAAGAUUUAGAAUUAGCAGAAGAUAGAACUAUUAGUUUAAUGUUUAAUGGCACAUCAAAAUAAGAAUGAAUCUGAUCUUAAUUAUAAAUUCCAAAUAGGAUUAUGAAGUUUUUCAAUGA